UAUCUUCUGCUAUUUCAUCCCGUGACUCACUGUACACAACAGAUGUUCUCUCUCUCUCUGUAUAUAUAUGUGUGUGUGUGUGCGCGCGCUCAAAGAACUGAGACGUUGAAUUCGUUGUAUGAGCCAUAUUUCCGUUCUGAGAUACUUACACAUUUCCUCAAACAAAUCCUAUGUUAUGAAAUCUUAGGAAUUUUGGGAUUCCUCAUUCCUGUUGGUGCAAAAAUUCUGGGAUUUUCACACUUUCGAUAACUUCAAGAUUGUUAAGGAUUUUCUGGUGGCUGAAAUACUAAUUUCUUUCCUUUUCCUUUGUGGGUUUUGAAGGGUUCUUUACUUUCGUCAUGUUUUGAUCCUUUUCAAGCUUUUAAUCAAUCAAAAAGUUUGCUUAUAAUUCCAAAAUAUUUUCGAGGGUGUAGGGUUCUGUAGUACUUUUGUUUAAGUUUGUUUGCAGAGUUCUUUUAACUUCUUCAGUCCAGUUGGUACUUUCUUUUGUCAUUUUCUUUACUGAUUGGAGUUUUCUAUCAGGAAACGUCUGGUAAAGUUCUUGAAUUCAAAACUAGUGUUGAAUCUGAGAUGACUUGGAAUUACUAUAUCGCGAGCGAGGUGGCAAUCCAUUAGUUUGAAUCAUUUUUCCUACCGUUGAAGGGAUUUUUCUUGUUUGGAUUUACAAAUGUCAUCCUUUUUAAGUGGAGGUGGAAGAGCAUAUAGGUUAGACCUUGAUAUUAUUAAAUCUCCAUCAACAUCUUGGGCUUCAAAUUCAUCUUCUCCAUCUUCAACUCUCUCAGAAUCCAGCAAUUACCCUCUUGCGAUCUCCACAAGAAAACCUCGAACCCCUCGAAAAAGGCCUAAUCAAACUUACAAUGAGGCUGCAGCGAUUCUUUCCACAGCCUACCCCAAAUUAUUCUCCAAAAAAUUCACAAAGCCUUGCAAAUUUAACAAACCACAGAGUAAAAACAAUGAUAUUGCAUUUCCAUACGUGCCCUCGGACUUGGUUUUAAUCGACAAUUUCAGCUUCUUGAUGCAUCCACCAAUUCAAGAAAAGCCCACCUUGCCGAUCGAAAGGCCAUGCCAAAGUCCGGGAGAAAUCAAUUCUAGAGUGAAUUCGGUGGAAUUUUGCGACGAGUUUCAAGAAGAUUUCGAUGCAGAGUCGAUACUAGACGAGGAAAUUGACGGUGGUAUUGAUAGUAUAAUGGGAAAUUUGAGGACCGAAAAUGAGUUGUUGGAUGAUUCCAACGCUUAUAUUAGCCAAAAGAAUAAUUUUGUUUAUGGUUAUCCAACAGGCGUAGGAUUUGAAGAUGCAUUUGAUUUUGGAUUUGGUAUGAGAAAUGAAGUGAGGGCAAUGAAAAAUGUUGAUAAGGGAGAUUGGUGGAGGUUCUCUAGUGUAAAUGUUCUCGAUAUUAAUCCAAAAAUGGUUAAAAAUCCAGCGGAAAAGAAGAAAAAGAAAGUCGAAAAGCCAUCGGAAAUUCAGAAUUCCAAAUUAGGGAAGGAGAAUACGAUUUCCAAUGGAAUCGUCGAGCACAACUUGGCUAAUGAAGCAUUUAAAGACAAGGAAAUUGCCAAAACAAAUGCAGGGAUGCUCCUAAAAUUGGACUAUGACAAAGUUUUGAAUGCGUGGUCCGAUAGGAGGUCGCCAUUUUCUGGUGAAGUUCCAGGCUCGGACGCUGUCGGCAAUGAUGUUCAAGCCCGGUUGGCCCAAAUAGACCUGUUUUCCGAGACUAGUGGGAUGAGAGAGGCUAGUGUGUUACGUUACAAAGAAAAGCGUCGUACACGUCUUUUUUCUAAGAAAAUCAGAUAUCAAGUCAGAAAAAUCAACGCUGAUCGACGGCCAAGAAUGAAGGGACGCUUCGUUAGAGCGCCAAAUUCUCCCAAGAGUGAGCAAUGAAAUGGGGAAAUACAAGCCAUUUAGCCUUUUUUCCCCCUACGUUUUUGUAGUUUAAGACUUUUGCCUUUUAUUCUUAUUUUGAAUUUUUGAUUAUCUUUUUUUCCUAUGCUUCUCCUAGAGAAGCAGAGAAUCCCAAGAUAGAACUAGGAAGCACGAGAGUUGAAACAAAUACUUUCAUUGAUUCCACUUGUGCAAAUAAUUGUGUUUGAUGAUUGCAAUUGAACCAACAGUUUAAUCAUUUA